CAGAUUCUGUCCCUUUAUGAUGGUAGGAGAAGGCAUUAUUGUUCUAUUAAGUGUGAGUGUUUUAAUUUCUAUUGUUGGUGUCUUGGCUGGACUUUCAUUGAAGAAUGAAGGGAAAAUUGCACUGGCAUUCUGUUGUGCAUUCAUCAUUUUGUUGUUAGUCAUUGUACUCAAAAGCAUUGCUCAAAACUCAUCAAACACUCAGCUGCAUCAAGCCUUGGAGCAAGACGACGCAGAAGAAGUGUUCUAUGUUGGCACAGACGGUAGCUUCUGGACGUGGCUUGCAGUGCUCCUGACUGCUGCCCUAGGCUCUGCCUUGUCUGUGGUGGUGCUGGUGCUGCACUGCGCCUCUCCACGUUUUGCAAGCCCUCUUCUGUCUCGCAAGCCUCCUCUAUCUCGGCCUCAGCAGGCAGUGUUUUGAGCCUCCUCUAUCUCGGCCUCAGCAGGCAGUGUUUUGA